UUUUCUCUAGCGAAAAAGGGAAAGCAAGCGGCAGCCGGUGGUCGCCUCGCCUCGCCGGCUUAAAACCGACCUUCCCUCCGCUCCGCCUGCCUCUCUGUCGCCUCCCCUGCAAUUAUAGCAUAGCCGGCCAACGUCUCUCCAUCUCUCCGCGCGCGUGCGUCAAGAAACCCGGCCAAUCAGCCAUGGCGAUUACGCCACCGGAUCAAGAACGCGCCGCAAUGUCCGUGCCCCUCCUCCCGCGGUGGCACGACUCCCUCUCCCUUUCCUCCUCCUCUUCCUCCUCCACCUCCUCCUCAUUCUCGGCAUCAUCCGACGCGGCGCCGAUGAUGCCGAUGCCGACGGACGCGUCGCCGUGCAAGCCCCUGGCGGCGUUCCGGGACGCGCACCGGGGCGGCGGCUCCGUGUCCUGCCUCUCCCUCUGCGGCGAGUUCCUGCUCAGCGCCUCCACGGGCGCCGACAUCGUGGCCUGGCAGCAGCCGGACCUGCGCCUCUUCGCGCGCUUCGGCGGCGCCGGCGGCGAGGGCUCCGUCAAGGCGCUGGCGGCGGCGGGCGGGCGCGUGUUCUCCGCGCACCAGGACGGCCGCGUGCGCGUCUGGCGCGUCUCGCGCCGCUCCGAAAACGCCUUCAAGCUCGUCGCCGCGCUGCCCACCGCCCGGGACUACCUGGGCCGCGUGUUCCGGCAGGCCAGCUACGUGCCCACCCGCCGCGGCGCCAGGCGCCGGCUCUGGAUCGAGCACGCCGACAGCAUCUCCUGCCUCGCCGUCGCCGUGCAGGACGGCGUCGUCUACUCCGGCUCCUGGGACAGGACGCUCAAGGUGUGGCGCAUGUCCGACCUCAGGUGCCUCGAGUCCGUGCGCGCCCACGACGACGCCAUCAACGCCGUCGCCGCCGACUGCGGCGUCGUCUACUCCGCCUCCGCGGACGGCCGUGUCAAGGCGUGGGAGAAAGGCAAGGUCGCCGGCUCGACGCACUCCCUCCUGGCCGUCCUCGUCGCGCGCGACGGCGUGUCGUGGAACGCCCUCGCGGUGAGCGCCGACGGUGCCGCAGCGGGCCGGCGCGUGUACGCGGCCGGCUCGGACGGGCACGUCCUCGGCUGGGACCGGCACGGCGGCGCGCGGUGGAACCUCGCGUGCGAAGUCAAGGCGCACGCCAUGGCCGUGCUGUGCCUCUGCGUGGCCGGCGACCUGGUGUGCACCGGCUCCGCCGACAAGACCAUCGGCCUGUGGCGCCGGCAGCCGGACGGCGGCCUCGCCAAGGUCGGCGCCGUCGGAGGCCACGAGGGCCCCGUGAAGUGCAUCCAGGCCUCCGUGUGCCGGACGAGCAAUGGCUGCAUGGUGUACAGCGGAGGGCUCGACAAGAGCAUCAGAGUCUGGUGGGUGCCCCAUGGAUUCAACGGUGACCAGCGGCGUCCAGAAACGGACACCAAGGAGCACAAGCCCUGCGUGUUCUUGAGGUGAAGCCAGUGAUUCGUUUGGCUAGAAAUCUGUACAUUUUAUACAGGAAAAGGAUCUUGAGAUUGUUUUGGUUGUUUGUUUUGAUUGUUUGGCAGCAAUGGAUGCCUGAAUUGGGGGUGGUCAUUGUAGAGGGCAGGAUUGAAAUAGUCACAGGUUGGGUACAUGGCUGUAAACCUUUUAUACGGUAAUUUAUACAUAGGUUUAUUUUUAUUUUUGGGAAUGUAAUGUCCAUAUAGGUGUUUGAUUAAUUGGGGAAAAGGCUUAUUUUUAGGGAAUUGGGGGAAAAGGUUAACAAUGCUUCGGAGAUCC